AUGCCCCGCGCGCAGGGCCGCGCUUCCGGGUGCGGGCCGCGGGGGGCGGCGGGCCCGGCGCCGGGCGGAGCGGCUCCGAGCGGAUGCGAACGGCGGGCGCGCAGCACCGGAGGAGGCCGCGUCCGGACCACGAUGCUUCGACUGUGGCUGGUCCCGGCCCUGGUGCUGCUGUGGGGGCCGGGCGGGCUGGAGGCGCUGGGGCGCCCGCAGCGCUACGACACAGUUGAGUCCAUGCUUUCAGACUACGACAUCCUUUCUCUGUCUAGCAUCCAGCAACACUCACUGAAGAAGAGGGACCUCCAGCCUGAGACACAUGUAGAAAGGCUCUUAAGUUUUUCAGCCCUGCAAAGGCACUUUAAAUUAUACUUAACUGCAACUGCUGAACACUUUUCAGAAAAAUUUCAAGCAUUAAUUGUGGAUGGUAAAGGCAAGCAAAAGGAGUAUCGUGUUCAAUGGCGAGACUUUUUCACCGGACAUGUUGUUGGAGAGCAUAAUUCCAAGGUUGUGGCACAUAUUGGGGAUGAAGAUUUUACGGUGCGAAUCAAUACUGAUGGAGAAGAAUACAAUAUCGAGCCACUGUGGAGAUUUGUAGAUGAUGUGGAAGAUGAAAGACUGCUGGUCUACAGAUCUGAAGAUAUCAAAGAUUUCUCAAGGUUGCAGUCCCCCAAAGUAUGUGGUUAUUUAAAGCUGAGUGAAAAUGAACUGUUGCCAAAAGGACUGGAAGACAGGAAACAAAAUGAAGGAAGCACCCAUCGGAAGAAAAGAUCCAUUCCAGAGAACUCCAAAAACACGUGCAAGAUGUUGGUAGUGGCAGACCAUCGUUUCUUCAAGUACAUGGGCCGUGGGGAAGAGAGCACCACUAUAAACUACUUGAUUGAAUUGAUAGACAGAGUAGAUGACAUCUACCGAAACACUUCCUGGGACGAUGGAACCUUCAAUGGGUACGGCAUACAGAUAGAGCAGAUUAUCAUCCACAAUGAGCCAAAUCCUGUAAAACCUGGAGAAAGACAUUAUAAUAUGGCAAGAAGUUACCCAGAUGAUAAGAAAGAUGCCUGGGAUGUGAAAAUGCUGCUAGAGCAAUUUAGCUUUGAUAUUGCAGAGAAAGCAGCUCACGUGUGCCUUGCUCAUCUCUUCACCUAUCAAGAUUUUGACAUGGGAACGCUUGGACUGGCUUACGUUGGCUCUCCCAGACCUAACAGCCAUGGUGGCAUUUGUCCUAAAGCUUAUUACAGUCAAAUUGCAAAGAAGGAUAUCUAUCUGAACAGUGGCUUGACCAGCACCAAGAACUAUGGGAAGACCAUCCUCACAAAGGAGGCUGACCUGGUUACAACACAUGAACUUGGACAUAACUUUGGAGCAGAGCAUGAUCCUGACAGUCUGCCAGAGUGUGCCCCCACUGAAGACCAGGGUGGGAAAUAUGUAAUGUAUCCUAUUGCUGUCAGUGGGGAUCAUGAAAACAACAAGAUGUUCUCAAGCUGCAGCAAAAAAUCCAUCCAUAGGACCAUAGAGGUCAAGGCCCAGGAGUGCUUCAAAGAGCGCAACAACAAAGUGUGUGGGAACUCCAGAGUGGAUGAAGGCGAGGAAUGUGAUCCUGGCCUCUUGUACCAGCUGGCUGAUCCCUGCUGCACUGCAGACUGUAAACUGAAAGAUGGUGCCAAGUGCAGUGACCGAAACAGUCCUUGCUGUAAAGGCUGCCAGUUUGAAAGUGCACAGAAGAAAUGCCAGGAAGCCAUAAAUGCCACUUGUAAAGGAGAGUCUUUUUGCACUGGGAACAGCAGUGAGUGUCCCCCUCCGGGGAACGCUCCGGAUGACACCGUGUGCGUGGACAUGGGGAAGUGCAAGGAUGGGGAGUGCGUCCCUUUCUGCGAGAGGGAGAAGAACCUGCGGUCCUGUGCUUGCAAUGAAACUGAUAAUUCCUGCAAGGUGUGCUGCCGGGAUGAGCAGGACAGGUGCACGCCAUACGUGGAUGCCAACGACCAGUUCCUGUUCCUGCGCAAGGGCAAGCCUUGCACUGUGGGGUUCUGUGACACAAAUGGCAAAUGCGAGAAGCAAGUACAGGAUGUGAUUGAACGAUUUUGGGAUUUCAUAGACCAACUCAGCAUCAAUACUUUUGGGAAAUUCCUAGCAGAUAAUAUAGUGGGCUCUGUGCUUGUCUUCUCCUUACUGUUUUGGAUUCCUCUCAGCAUCCUUGUGCACUGUGUGGACAAGAAAUUGGACAAGCAGUAUGAGGAGAACACAAAGUCCCUGUUUUGCCCCAGUAACGUGGAGAUGCUCAGCAGCCUGGACUCGGCCUCUGUUCGCAUCAUCAAGCCGUUCCCCGCGGCGCAGGCCACGAGCCGGCACCAGCCGCUGCAGCCCCUGACGCCCGCGCCCGCGCCGCCCAAGCAGGACCACCAGAGGAUGGACACCAUCCAGGAGGACCCCAGCACCGACUCGCACAUCGACGAGGACGCCUUUGACAAGGACCCUUUCCCAAACAGCAGCUCUGCCGCCAAAUCUUUCGAGGACUUGACAGACCAUCCUGUCAUUAGGAGUGAGAAAGCUUCAUCCUUCAAACUACAGCGCCAGAACCGGGUGGACAGCAAAGAAACAGAGUGCUAGUGUCCUGCUGCCCUCUAAAUGUAUGAGUUGUGUCGGCAAAAUAAGGAUCUGAAACCAUUUCAUUUCUAUAAAUAUAAAUAUAUGUAUAUAUAUUUUUGUGAGGGAGUGGGAGAAUAAGGAAGUGACCUACUGCAGAUGCUGGUCAUGUGUAUGACCUUCCUUAAACUACAUUUAUUAGAGCAUUAUAUCUUUUAAAAAGGAAAAUCCAAACUAGAACUGGCUUGUUUUUGAAGCUUUUUGGAUUUGUUUUUCUACUUCCUUGACCUUUAACAUUUCCUUCGACCUGUGGUGCAAAACCAAAUAUCCUGAUGGAUAUUGGAUUAUGUAUAUCAGCCUUUUUUUAUAAUUUAAUAUUUUGUAGUCUACAGCACUGAUAGACAAAAUUAAGGGGCUUUUAAAACCAAAAGAUAAUUAAGGUACAUGUAACCAAAAGCCUAAGCAAAUGCCUUGAGAACAGAGAGUAAUGAAACAGAUAAAAAUACAGUCUCGCAGCAUUCAGUAAAAUGCAUAAUCAGAAUAAGGAACCUUAAAACACCCAGCUUCUGUAUAAAUAAAAGGAUCACAGAGGUUGUUACACUGUACACAGUGCAUGGGAAAUGCUCCUUUAGCAGCUGUCCUGUCUUGGUGGCUUUUGUUAGGAGCUUCCCACUCUACACUGAGGUUUGUGUGUUGCAGGUGUCUGGUUGGAGAUCGAAACAUAAAAGAAAUAAUUUAUGCAGAUGACAUUUUAAACUGCUGUUUUACAGCAGUUUUGGUGCAGAAAUGUUUCUCCAAAUGUUAUUUUAAAACAGGCGACACUAUUGCUGGAAUGUUCAAAUUAGUGACCUGUUUUCUGUGGUCUCUGUGGCCUUUAAAAGCUCCUACUGCAUGAGUGAUGGGAAAAACUCACUCCAUCGCAGGGAGUGAGGGGAGGCAUUUAAAAACAAUUGUGAAUUUAGUAAAGAAAUAAACCUUUUUUAAAACUUGCAGGGUAAGUACAAGGAGGAGAUUUUGUGAAUACAGAUACUCACAAGCUGAUAAUUGGAUGGUGUCUUCUGUACACCUGGAGAUCUCUCAGGUGAGCUGGGACUGGCACAUGAGCAUUGUUUUAGUUUAGAAGCAGAUGGACUGACACAGUGGAGUCAGAGCAACUGUCCUGCUAGUACAGCAGCACCUUCACUCUGCAGCUGUUUUCUCCUACAAUAAUCUGUUGAUAAAACUGGCAGAACAUGGCCAAGGGCAGGACCAUUUAACUCUUACAAGCCUGGACUCAGACACAGGGAUGUGAGGCUGUGGUGAGCCCGUAUUUUUAAAUGUGAGGCGAAAGGACUGAACCUGUGCUGCAAAGUUGUGUGAGUGCUCUCUCUCCUCCACAUCCAAGGAUACUUGUUACACUAGUUACUUGAAUGUGUGCCUUAUGGUAUUCCUAUCUGACUAGCUAUUAUGUUUUAUAUGCUGGUUUUGAACUUUGUUUUGGGGUUGUUUGGUUUUCGUUCGGGUUUUCUGUUUUUUGAUUCAGUGCAAAGUACAAGUGUGAGGAGUUAAUUUAAUUCCCAACAAAAUAAAAGCUUUUUAUAAUAAAAAAAUCAGUUAACCAAGAA